AUGGAAGAUCAGCCGAGAAAGUCUGCACCUGCCAAAACAAUACCAUCCCAGGCUUCAUCUCUUCCAGCCAGGUCUCCUCCUCCAACUCCUCGCCACCCUCCUCGUUCAUCUCCACAACCAGCGCUUCCCAGCGCUGCCGAGCAGAAAAAACGCAGGGAACAGAAGGGUAAGGAGGUGGCAGAUACGAGCAAGUCUCGUCCUACUCGAGAGGAGGAUGACCAACAAGCUGCAAAGCAGCAGAAAACUAAGCACCCAGCUACGCGGGGCCAAGAGAAAUCUGAUUCCCUACAUCCUGAGCCACAAACGUGGUUGCCAGCACCUAUGCACGAAGGCUACCAGAAGCAGGCUGAGGAACAAGCAAGGCUUCUGCGCAAGACGAAUGCCAAGCUGAAGAAGACUCGGGAGCAAGCUCUUGUUCUUAAGAAGCACCUAGAGGAAACUCAGAAGCUAAGGGAGCAAGCUGAAAAGCUCAAGGAGCAAGCCGAGAAAGCGAAAAUCAACGCCGAACAGGCAAUGAACGAAGCCGAGCACAGAGGCUACGAAAUUGGGAUAGCUGAAACUGAGAAGGUUUUGAGAACUUGGAGCGAGGCUCUUAACCGUGCUGGGGUUGAAGCCUCAUCUGAGCUACGUAGGCCAGAGAACGUAUAUUACCCCGAGGCGAUACGCCCCUCCACUCCUCAACCCUAUCAGGCUGACGCUCCUUCUCUAGUUACUAACCUUAACGAGGAGGUUUUGCCUCGUAAUUCUCCUCCUUGCGGCCAACCGGGACCGACUAAAGAGAGAUUAGCCCCUCCAGGAGCUUCCCCAGACAAGAUCACCACCGCUUCGGAGGCAGGGACGGCUUCCCAGGGUUUUCAACAGGAAUUGGACUCUACGGUUCUACCAACUGGGGGCAUUACCAAAGCCAAAGAUGGAAUCGCAACUUUGGAGGCAGACAUACCCGCCAGCCAGACCACGCAGAUCCAGUUGAAAUUAAAAAAGUAG